AUGGACGUCCGGCUGGGACACUUCCGCCUCCUCGACCCCGUCAAGGAGAUCACGUUCCUGAAAAACACGGUGAUGGAGUGUGAUGCGUGCGUGCGGCCUCUACCCUACUGUGCUCCGGGCUCCUGCUUCCCUGGCGUGGCCUGCACCCCGACGGCGAGUGGCGCGCGCUGCGGCCCCUGCCCCGCGGGCUUCACGGGCAACGGCUCGCACUGCACGGACAUCAACGAGUGCAACGCCCACCCCUGCUUCCCUCGCGUCCGCUGCAUCAACACCAGUCCGGGGUUCCGCUGUGAGGCUUGCCCGCCUGGGUACACUGGCCCUACCCACGAGGGUGUAGGACUGGCGUUCGCCAAGGCCAACAAGCAGGUCUGCACGGACAUUAACGAGUGCGAGACCGGGCAACAUAACUGCGUCCCCAACUCCGUGUGUAUCAACACCCGGGGUUCCUUCCAGUGUGGCCAGUGCCAGCCGGGCUUCGUGGGUGAUCAAGCGUCAGGCUGCAAGCGGCGCUCACAACGCUUGUGCCCCGACGGGACGCCUAGCCCAUGCCACGAGAAGGCAGACUGCAUCCUGGAACGCGAUGGCUCGCGGUCGUGCGUGUGCGCCGUCGGCUGGGCAGGCAACGGGCUCCUUUGUGGUCGCGACACCGACCUGGACGGCUUCCCAGACGAGAAGCUACGCUGCUCCGAGCGUCAGUGCCGCAAGGACAACUGCGUGACGGUGCCCAACUCAGGGCAGGAAGAUGUGGACCGUGAUGGCAUCGGAGACGCCUGCGACCCGGAUGCAGAUGGAGACGGGGUCCCCAACGAAGAGGACAACUGUCCCCUGGUGCGGAACCCAGAUCAGCGGAACACAGACAAUGACAAGUGGGGAGAUGCGUGCGACAACUGCCGGUCCCAGAAGAAUGACGAUCAGAAGGAUACAGAUAAUGAUGGCCGGGGUGAUGCCUGUGACGAUGACAUCGACGGCGAUAGAAUCCGAAACCCAGUGGACAACUGUCCCAGGGUGCCCAACUCAGACCAGAAAGACAGUGACGGUGACGGUGUAGGGGAUGCCUGUGACAACUGCCCUCAUAAGAGCAACGCAGACCAGAGGGAUGUGGACCACGACUUUGUAGGAGAUGCAUGCGACAGCGACCAAGACCAGGACGGGGACGGCCACCAGGACUCGAGGGACAACUGCCCCACAGUGCCAAACAGUGCCCAGCAGGACUCAGACCGUGAUGGCCAGGGUGACGACUGUGAUGACGAUGAUGACAAUGACGGAGUCCGGGACAAUCGAGAUAACUGCCGCCUGGUCCCCAACCCAGGCCAGGAGGACACAGACAGGGAUGGCGUGGGCGACGCGUGCCAGGGUGACUUUGAUGCGGACAAGGUGGUGGACAAGAUCGAUGUGUGUCCGGAGAACGCCGAGGUCACCCUCACCGACUUCCGGGCCUACCAGACUGUCGUGCUGGACCCCGAAGGGGAUGCACAGAUUGACCCCAACUGGGUGGUGCUCAACCAGGGGAUGGAAAUUGUGCAGACGAUGAACAGCGACCCCGGCCUGGCUGUGGGCUACACGGCCUUCAACGGUGUGGACUUCGAGGGCACAUUCCACGUGAACACGGCCAUGGAUGACGACUACGCCGGCUUCAUCUUUGGCUACCAGGACAGCUCCAGCUUCUACGUGGUCAUGUGGAAGCAGAUGGAGCAGACGUACUGGCAAGCCAACCCCUUCCGUGCGGUGGCCGAGCCUGGCAUCCAGCUCAAGGCGGUGAAGUCCUCCACGGGGCCCGGGGAACAGCUGCGGAAUGCUUUGUGGCACACGGGAGACACGGCGUCCCAGGUGAAGCUGCUGUGGAAGGACCCCCGCAACGUGGGCUGGAAGGACAAAACGUCUUACCGCUGGUUCCUGCAGCACCGGCCCCAAGUGGGGUAUAUCAGGGUGCGGUUCUACGAGGGCCCCGAGCUGGUGGCCGACAGCAACGUGGUCUUAGACACAACCAUGCGUGGUGGCCGCCUGGGGGUCUUCUGCUUCUCUCAGGAGAACAUCAUUUGGGCCAAUCUGCGCUAUCGCUGCAACGACACCAUCCCCGAGGACUAUGAGACCCAGAGGCUGCGGGGAGCCUAGGGACCAGGGUGGGGGACCCAUGGGGAGGGACGGGAGAGGACAAAAUAAAGUGUGUGUGUGG